AUGUUGCAGCAGACGAUCGAAUCCCCGGGUUCUCCGGAGCGAAAAAUCGACUGUGACGACGAGGGCGACGGUCGUGUAGGCGCGACGUUGAGGCACGGGAGACCCGACCCGGAGCUGCGACGAGCUGGUCUUUGUUGCGCUUUAGGGGCGCGUCUCGUGGAGUUGCGGCAAACGAAACGAAACCUUUUCCGUAGACGGAUUAAGCGGGUUGGACCAUUCAAGAAGAAAAGGGAUUUUGGCACCAGCCUCAGGGAUGUGCGCCAGGCGCCAUGGGCUAAUACCCCACAAAUUGUGCAGAAAGGUGGAUUCGCCAGGGUUCACGAGAUGAAAGAUUUGACGACAAACACAGUAUUCGCCGGAAAAAUCAUCCCGAAAUCCCGCAUCACAAAGCCACACCACCAAGAAAAGUGUUUUGGCAUCAUCCCAGAGAAUGCCGCGUAUUUCCCCGCACCCUGCAACGAAAGUUCGUUACCGCGUACGACGACGACCUUAACUCGCGACGCCAAUGUCGAGAUCGUGGAGUACGCUACAGUACUGCCGUGUCGCACUCGUCGCUUACGCCCGUCCGCUUUUUGUUUGGUUUCGCGAACGACUGCUGCACGACAUCCGGGGAUUAAGCGACAAUUUUUGUACGUUUGCUGA